AUGUCCACCACCUCUCCAAUUGCCGAGAGGAAACUCACAAUCGGCACUCGCAAUUCCAAAUUGGCACUAGUCCAAGCUGAGCGAGUCUCGAGCGCGUUAAACCACGCUCAUCCGCAUAUCAAGUUCCCAUGGCAAACUGUCUCUGUCAGCGGAGAUAUUGAUAAAACAUCUCCAUUCCUUAAAUUUGGAGGCCCAUCAGAUGCCGCGAAAAAUAUCUGGGCAGAAGAGAUGGAAACAAAAUUGAGCUCCGGUGAAUUGGACUUGCUAGUGCAUUGCUUGAAGGACAUGCCAACACGUCUACCCAGCGGCUGUGUGUUGGGUGCGAUCAUUCAUCGCGAAGAUCCCAGAGAUGCACUUAUCAUCAAAGCAAGUCUUCGAGAUCAGUAUACCGACCUAUCUCAGCUACCUGCCGGCUCGGUGGUUGGCACUAGUUCUACCCGUCGGAAGGCUCUGCUUAGAUACAAAUAUCCUCAUCUUAAGAUCCAAGAAUGUCGCGGAAAUAUUGAUACACGGCUACGAAAGCUCGAUGAGGGUGAAUUCUCAGCCAUCAUCCUCGCAACUGCUGGUCUGAAUCGAAUCAACAUGACGAGCCGCAUCUCAAAGCAUUUGCCUCCCUCAGAGUUCCCCUAUGCCAUCGGGCAAGGAGCUUUGGGAAUCGAGAUCCGUGAAGGAGACACUGAAACUCUGAAUAUUAUACAGCAAAUCGAGGAGCCAUUGACACGGUGGAUUUGCAUGGCAGAGCGGUCAUUACUACGCACUCUCCAGGGCGGGUGCUCAUCUCCGGUAGCAGUGAACUGCACGGUUGAGAAUGAAGAGAACCAAUCGCCCACUAAAAGUUGUUUGCGACUCGAAGGCACCAUCAUUCAUCCCCAUGGCACAAGUCAAGUUUCAGCGUUUGAAGUCGCAGAGGUGGCUAGUGAUGUUGAGGCAGAAGCACUUGGCGAAAAACUCGCGAAGCAACUGGAAGAGAAUGGCGGAAGGGCUCUUUUAAAUGAAAUCCGUCUUGUUCAAGAAGAGGAAAUGGACACCUCCUAG